AUGGCGGUGUGGCUCCCCGCGACCCCUGGGGCCUUCUGGGGUAUUGUUGCACUGCCGACCACCGUUGGUGCUCUUUUGGCUCAUGUGGCCUGGCGGCCGGCCGAUUCGGAGGCUCCAGCCGACCAUGUCCUGCCGGAGGCCUGUACCGCCCUGGCACGCGUCCUCCUGGCCACGGGCCUGCUCAUGGCGCAGUUCCUUUUGACGCCGGUCUUGCGGCCAGAUACCCAACUCUGGAUGAGGCCCUUCCUCUGGUGGGCCAUUGGCAUGGCUGGGCUCGGGGCAAUUCUGGCCGCCGAUCGCGCGGUCGCCUGCUCUCUCCAGGCCAUCGGGUAUUGCCUGCCGGCCGGCGUGUCUACCGAGGAGGCCGGCGCGCGCCGCGACUCCCAAGCGCUGGCAGCGGCGCACCAGCCGCCGUCGCCCAGCAAGACCCUCCCCUCCGAGACUGUCACCCCCGCCAAACCGACCGCCCAACAGGGCUCGGCGCUGCGCGGAGCGGGCAGUCCCGCCGGCCGGUCGGGUCGGCCUCGGCCUCCUCUUUCUCCCAUCCGCACCCCCUCGACCGAUGUGUCUCCAGAUGACUCCCUUGCGCAGUUGACGCUGGAUUCUUUGCAGGCCGGCCCGGAGACGCCCCUCGGCCCGGAGGACACUCCAGCCGAGGAGGAGGAGGAGGAUGGCCUGAUGUCUGGGACUCCGGUGGAUGGGAGUUUCCCCCGCCAUGGGAUCCCCGGCGAACGGGCUACCCCGCAUCCCGGCAUGGGGACCCCGGUCCGGCCGCGUCCAGGCCCCAAAGCAGCCGGAGGCACAGUUGUCCGGAGUGCGGCGCCGCCGCCGCCGCCGACUCCGGCCCCGGGGGAUGGCCACACAGACCCCCUGAGCCCCUUCGACUUGCUGGCCGGCGAGGCCUCACAGGGCGAGCCCACCACUCCAAACACACUGACUCCCUCGGGCGGCAUGGCGGCCAGUCCGGCACGCAGGUCCAAAGGCCGCCAGCGUAAGGCCAUCACCCAAGACACCUUCAAGCGGCCGCGGUGA